ACUCAUUUGUCAUAAUGUCAUAUACUCACUCAUUGUCAGUGCGUCAAACGUAUUGCAAAAUAUCAGUGAAUCUCUCUAAAUCUUUUCUUUAACACUUAACCGAGUUGCUUUAUCUUUACGUUUCAUUGAUCAAAUAUUUUUUACCACAAUGACAAUGGGUGAUGAACUGCCUGUUACUUCUUUAGUUUUACCCGUUCUCAUACGUCCCGUUUUAACCCAGCUAGAGAAGUAUGACUUGGGAGCGUCGCAGACACUUCGUGCUGCGCUUACUAAGGCUGAAGCAGCAGUGCCUGGCCUCAAUUAUGAUUUGGUAGCAGGGAUUAUGAGAAGAGCCGAUAUACCUGUCAACAUGAAUGAGAGUCUGUUACGUCUCCAAGGAACACUGACUGAAGCUGAAUGUGCUGACUUAAGAUUGAACAGGUCUGAAGAAGCAUUCCAGGAAUUAAACAAGAAGUCAACUGCUCUGAAGAAAAUAUUGAGUCGCAUUCCAGAUGAAAUUACAGAUCGUAAGACAUUUUUGGAGACUAUCAAAGAAAUAGCUUCGGCCAUCAAGAAGCUGCUUGAUGCUGUGAAUGAAGUAUCUACAUACACUCCAGGAGCUGGUAAACAAGUGUUGGAACAGAGAAAGCGAGAGUUUGUCAAGUAUUCAAAGAGGUUUUCUAACACACUGAAAGAAUAUUUUAAGGAGGGACAGGCUAAUGCAGUUUUUGUCAGUGCUUUGUAUCUGAUACACCAAACAAAUCAGAUUCUUUACACUGUUAAAAGUAAGUCUGAGUAAGAUUGUUAUGUUAUACAUAGUAUGAUACAGUAUUUAAAAUAAUACUUGAGUUUAUUGUAUAAUAAGAAAACUAAUAAAACCUGUCCUUAUAAAAAUCAAGUUUAUCAUACCCAAACUAUCAUGUUUAACCACUGGGCACUGAAAUAUUUUUUUUUUUGGUAUUAUUUUUGACUGGCAGGGACAUUAAUAUAUUUUAUUUAGUGAAAGAAAACAAUAUGUAAAUAAUAUAGUACACUUAUAUUAUUGUAGCUCUAUCUGCAUACUAAUGUAUCAUUAUUUCCUUACAUUAUAUAGUUGUUUAUAUGAUUUUUAAACCAUUAAAUUAUUGUGAAGUACAUUAAUGUUACAAUUUACAUUCUAUUUUUUUAAUUUUUAUUGACAGUAAGUUGUCUGUUGUAAUCAAACACAAUUGCCUAAAAAGAUAUAAAAAAGUAAAGAUUUUGCUGGAAUCAGUAAUGAAGAUUAUUUUUUUUUUUGUUUUGAAGAGAUAAAGUUGUACAGUAUAAGUAGCAUUGUUGUUUAUGCUUUUUAGGUAACUAGUUGUUUACAUUUAAUAAUAAUGUGGCACAUAAUUUUAUUGUAUGAAUAUUGACUUCCAUGGCAUUCCUCAAAUGACUGUAUGUUCAAUAGUGUCAUAGUCGCAUUCUGUAUUAUUAUAUAGCAUAGCACAGGGUAAAUACACGUUCUCCAUUGUGAUUUCUACUAGGGUCAUUGUUAGAAGCUUAGAAUAUUAUUUCUGUUUAUAAUCAGAUACAUUUGACCUUCAUCUUAUGUCAUCCCAUAGACGCAUUCAAUAUAGAUUUAUUGAUAGAAAGAUCUUUUAAAAAAUCUGUCUCUUGUACUUAAGAACGCGUUUAGACCAAACCUAGGUGUAGAAAACCCAGAGCCUAACAGAAAAAUCAUAACUCUGGUGUUUACUUAAAUAUUUUAGGCAAUUUUUUUAACUAUUAGACAGUGUAUUUGUCGUCUAACUGGCUGAAAUCACGGUUGGUGUAAACGUGUCCUUAGGUUUAUUUUACACUUUACAAAGGUACUUUUGUCUCGUAAAGCAAAAUCUGUUUUUGUUCGCUUCUUAUGUUAUUCUGAACUUUAUCCAUGAGGUAAAAACCUGUGUUUGUUAAAUAUUAAAUUAAUUUUAUUGCAUAGAAUCGCCGUAGUGGCUUCGUAUUAUAUUGUAUUUGUUAUUAAAUUAACAAUAAAGUGCAAUUGUAAAGGUU